AUGAGGUUCAUGACUCACACCCACAAGUGGAGCAAGCGUCCAGCUGCCCACUAUUUCACCCACAAUGGCCACAUUGACCAAGACCCUCACAAGAUUAAGAAGGAAGGUUGGGGUAAGGGUAACUGGGGUACUGUUGGCGGCGAGCUAGACGACUUAGUCUCUACCGGCGAGGUCAAAAUGAAUAACCCUAGAAGAAUGAGCAACUCUGCCCAAGCCAUGAAGACUGACGCCGAAUUGACUCAGGAAUGGGAAGACACCCACAGCGACGAAGAAACGGUGGAUGACAAAUAG